AUUCCAAAAGUCACUGCCGCAAAGUAAACAGAUGUGGUAGGAGGAGAACAAGAGACAUUUUUUCCACUUGACAUUUACCCAUCUUGCCGACAAAAAAAGUUUAUUAAAAACUAUUAAAAUGGGAAAAUGUACCUGGAUUUUACUGUUAACUCAUAUUUUGCGCGCCGGUGGACAGAUGAUAGCGCUAUCGCCGACACCUUGCAACGACAAAACUGUGGAGAAGCUUUCCAAAUUGGCGCUCACCUACAUCAAUGAAGACAGAACCGAGGGGUAUAAAUUUGCCCUCAAUAGAAUAUCCAACGUUCAUCUUCACGCUCAGGGUCCAGCUGGAAACGUCUACUACCUCCUUCUAGAUGUGUUGGAGACCAAGUGUCAUGUGAGGAGCCCUAAACCCUGGAAACGAUGUGACGUCAGACCCUUCAUGGAAACCCAAAUCUCUGGGAACUGCAAUACCACCAUUCUCCACACAGCCAAGGGAUACUCCUACCUGUACAGCUAUGACUGCACACUGGUGCCUGACCCUCCAGAGAAGCUGCAGCAGACAUGUCCAGCCUGCCCCUUGCUGCUGCCCGUAGACAGCCCCAGGGCGGUGCACGCUGCUGGGCUGACCCUCUACAAGUUCAACACGCAGAGCACCCUGCCCUCCAGCCUGGCCCUGCAGAACCUUACCAGGGCCUCCGUACAGAGUGUGCCCGUGCCUGCUACCUUUGUGGAGUACACCGUGCAGGAGUGUCGCGAGGGCUAUGUGGGCAUGUGUGUGCCAACAGACAACAGCGGACACCCAGCUGGGUUUUGUAAGGGGGCGGUGUAUGGAGCUAUCGGCCAACCAGACGUGGAUGUCUCUUGUGAAAUAUUCCAUCCACAGGGCAUUGAUGUUUUCCAUGACCUGACCCCUCCUCGACCCCCAACGAUGCCUGAAGUCCCCAUCUUUGUUCCCAAUGUCCCCAUUAUCAUCCCCUCCUACCCCACAGCGCCCCCUCCUCUUCUGGAGGAGCCCCAACCACAACCCGUUGACCCCAGUAUCCUGGUUGACCCUACAUGCAUCUUCCCCAACCCCAACCCUUCGUCUUCCAGCGAGUCUUUGGAGUCUCAGGAGACUCCAGUCUCUCCAGGAGUUCCAGACUCUUCCUCCGAGGAGCUAGGUGCAGGUGUGGCUCGACCGCCCUUCAACUUCCGCUACCGGCCCCUGCGCAGACGGAGGCAGGCCCUGGUGACAGCCAAGCCCCCUCACACCCCUGUCUUUCUGGCUGAGUUCCCCAGCUCGCCCUCUCCCUUCCGCUCCUGCCCUGGUCCUUCUCGCUACACCACCGUGUGACCCAGACUAGAGCCUCCUUCAGUAGGGCACAACUCUGUGCAACGUUCAUAAAGAAAUGUAUGACUUUUCUAUCUGCAAUGUUUGGUAGGUUGUAUCCUCCUGAACGUAUCUCGAGCAUGACUUAAAGUUAGGAGACUGGUAUAAAUUGUAGAGUUUCAUCCAAGUGCUUAUCCUGCCUACGUUUGAUAUUUUAUUUAGUUAAUGACACCUCUUCUCUGAAAACAUAUUGGGACAUUAGUCGUUAUCUAGCCUGUAGCUUACAUUUCAGAAGUUUCUUUGAGACUUUAGUUCAGACAAUCUCAUCUGAUUUUAAUAACAGCUAAAUAAACUCUUACAAUGUGA